CAGUUAGGAGAACGGAAAGUGUCCUUGAGAGACUCAGGACUGCAGGACACGGACGCCCAGCAGUCACACCGGCCCUAAAACCGUGCGGUCCUUGGCCUCAACUCUGCCCCCAGCGAGCGGGGAUCACAGCCUUUUCUCUGGGGUUGCGGUGCAGGCUUAGCAGCCCCGCGCCCCGCAGCAGCGGAGGCUGGAGAGCGCCGUGCUGCAGGCGCCGGUUCAACUUCUCCACGAGGCCGCGGAGACCGUCCAGGACUCGAUUGCUGGAAUUGUCAGCUCUGCCAAUUUCUGUGCACAUUUCUCUUCCACUAUGAGCAGAUCAGCUGCCUUGCACCUUGGUCUGGCUUUUGGGAGCUUUCUGUUUCUUAGCUUUGCUACACAAUGUCUGGCCUUCCCCCAAAGAGAGCAAGAGCAGCCUGAGAGGAUUGGUGCAGGUGACCUGGAAAAUAGCUCCAUGACUCCAGAGCAGACCCCCCAACUGCCGUCCUCUGAGGAUGCAAUAAUAGCCCCCCCAGAACCAUCAGCAGUGUCACUAAAUAAAAUCCUCUUGAGCAGCAAAGAAACCCAGCCUACUAGAGCUGGGCUCCUGCAGUCAGGCAGUGCUGGGCUUUACACUGCUGCUGAGCUAGAGGUCCCAGCAGGUGAGGACACGUUUGGUUCCAGCCAACUAGAGGGCCUGUCUGCUGAGAGCAAGCUUUCCAAGGCCAUGCUCACCACCACACUCCCUGCAGCUGCUUCUCUGAGUCCUGAUGAGGAGGAACCUUUGAGCAGUAGCCGCAGUCAGCCCUUUGGGGAAGGGACUACAGAAGCAGCACAGAGUUUCCUGACAUAUGUGGAUAACCAGUUGUUUGCAUCUGAGAAUCAGAAGGGAGGUAGUUUGGGACCUACACCUUCAUCUUGUAUGGACACUGAAGAAAUGCAAACCAGCAGUUCAAGAAUGGAGAAACUUGAAGCAGCCACAGACCAGAGAACACCAACUUUUCCUGGUGCUGAGUCCACAGCAGACACUGUACCCAGAAGCCUCACACCUAAUGGGGAGAAGACUUCACAGAUGACAGCUGAUAGUACCCAGGCCACUGCCACCCAGCACUUGUUGGUGCCAACUGCUGUGUAUACCCUUAGUGUGGAGCUGGAAACUGACAGCCUGCUGGGAGCCGCAGAAAGCACGGUGCGCGUCAGCUCAACUGUCCCAGCCACCUCUGUAUUAAGUGAAGAAUGGGAUGAAACCAAACUAGAGAGUGGAAGCCAGACAAGGGCUCCAAAAGGAGAUAGUCCAGAGGUGACAGAGGUGGUGGAGGUAGCUCUGGGGUUGCCAGAAGGGGAAGCACUGCUGGGCCCAGCACUGCCGACUUCACAGGGGGACAUGAGAUUUCCUGCUGCCACCCAGGCCAGUUCCUCUGCUCCCAUGAGCCUGUUGGGAGGUCCAGAGCUCUCCCAGGAGAGCGUGUUCCAAGGAGCUGAAGGUGUCAUGGAUUCCACCAAGGAAGAGAGCACUGAGCUCCUGGGAAAGACGACUGCAUCUGCAUCAGAGUACCAGUCGGAGGCCGAUCGGCUGCGGGGGCACAUGUUGAAAGACAUCAUCAUUCAAGAAAUGACAACGGCUGCUCAAGAACCAUCGGCCUCUCCACUCUUUGAGAUGCAAGAGCAGGUUUCUGCCCUGGAGGUUCCCAGAGUCCACGGGGACCGUGAGGAAGCCACAGCCACAGAGGCACCUUCUCCUGUGUCUGAUGCUCCUGGUGUGACUCAACUCUCCAGAGGAUGGGGGCCUCUGGCCACUGAGGCUUCAACUGCAGUGACCCCUCUGUCCCCUGAAGUCAUCCCAGCUGCAGAAGGCUUCAUGGAUGCAGUCACGUUGCCGAACGAGGAGUUCAUACCGGUGCGGGGCUUUUCAAUGACACCUGCUGGAAUGGUGGAGGAGGAGACUGGCUCUUUCCUGGCACCGUCUGCUCCAGAGGCCUCCUCGGAGGGAACACUUCCAUUCAGGAGCAGUGCAAGCAUAGCCCCCUCCUAUGGCCUGGAACAGCUCGAAUCUGAAGAGGGAGAAGACGAUGAGGAUGAGGAGGAUGAAGAAGAUGAAGAUGAGGAGGAAGAGGAAGAUGAGGAAGAUAAAGAUACUGACUCCCUAGACGAGAGCUUUGAUAGUGACACAGAACUGCCUGGCUUUACUCUCCCUGGUGUCACAUCCCAGGAGCCUGACUUGGAGCGGGGAAUGGGGGACCCACUGCGGGGAGCCACGUACCAGGUGCCUGACGCCAUCGAGUGGGAGCAUCGGAAUCAAGGCCUGGUGAGAAGCUGGAUGGAAAAACUCAAAGACAAGGCUGGCUACAUGUCUGGAAUGCUGGUCCCUGUAGGAGUGGGGAUAGCCGGAGCCUUGUUUAUCUUGGGCGCACUCUACAGCAUUAAGGUUAUGAAUCGCCGGAGGAGAAAUGGCUUCAAAAGACAUAAAAGAAAGCAGAGAGAAUUCAACAGCAUGCAAGAUCGAGUGAUGCUCUUAGCUGACAGCUCUGAAGAUGAAUUUUGAAUUGGACUGUGGUUUCAUCGGGAUGUUCAAUGAUGUUACUAUUUUAUUUUCAUUUUGAGGCAAAACAACAACAACAGCAUCAUGCCAUACUGCUGCUAUGAGCCCUAGUGUCUGCUGGAUAGUAGGUUUUUCUUGUUCUGAGCAGAAAAGGCAUGCUGUAAACUAAAUGUAACACACAGUGUUUGGUUAUGCUGUAGUGCAUUUCCUGUCACAUGGGCUGUGAUUUAUAAACACACGGUAUACAUGUUGUUCAGUAAAAGUAGCGGGAUUAGGUAGAGUAAAUUUUUCCACAGUUUGAAUUAUCUGAAUUAAGUGUAAUGUUUAUUGCCACCAAGGCAUGCUUGACUUUGAAACAGAAAUCUUGAUGAAGAGUAACUUCUCAUAAUCACGCUCUCCGUACUUGAAAUUUAGGCUCGUGGGCUACGGUACAUCUUGCAUUUGCAUUAAAAUUAGCACCUACCUGGAAUGAAAUCUGUUUUUGUCAAGAUCUCUCAGCACAUUAGAAUUGUUCCUUGUAGAUUUGUAUGUAUCUCACUAUAUACUUCAGUCUCUUACUUUUAUUUUCACUGUCUGUUAUACUCUAAGUCUUGGUCAGGAGAAAAGUGCCCCAGAAAUUGUAUGUUAAAUUGAUGCUUAAUAACAUAUGUGCUUUCCUAAA